CACCGUUUCGAUGUCAUAUUCAUAAGAAAACUGCGAGACGAGGUUUUUCCUUCCAGUUUACAAGUUUUCAGUUUUUCGCGAAAUUACCCAUCAAAAGUGUUCCCGUGGCGUUCAAUAGUAUCGGGAACUCAUCCUCGAGCACCGCCAGCAACGGAAAACGGUGGAGUACGGCGCUUUCGGACGGAAUCCGAGCGAAGAAAUCCAAUUCUUUUUCGGGUCAUCUACGAAUCUAGCGAUGUUUGCCGUCUGAAACGGGAUCGCAAUUUCUGAGCUGGAUCUGCUAUGUUUGGAAGAUUUUCGAGUUUCAAGCGAAGCCACGGACGGAGUUGAACAUUUUAAGCCAUGAACGGAACAUACGAUGGGAAGUCAACCAGCUCGUCGUCGUCGUCAUCUUCCGGCGGAGGAGGAGGAGGAGGAGGAGGAGGCGGCGGCGGAACGUCCAGUUCUCACAGUCAGCACAAGGCCCCCAGAAAUUACAAACUGAUCGUGGAUCCAUUGAUCCACAAGGGUGGCGUACCGAAGAUAUACCGCUAUGAUGGUAUAGUUCCCGGGGAUCCGACGUACCCGCCGGUCAUUCCACGAGAUCCGCGGAAUCCGCUGGCCCGACUGCGAUCGCGCAUCGAACCAUUCGUCAUGAUUGUACCGAGGUUCAAAAUUGACGAACACUACAUCGGGGAACCUCCGGCAAUAGAGAUCACCAUCACCAACCUGAACGACAACAUUGACAAGCCGUUCCUGUCGGAUCUACUGGCCAAAUGUGGUACCUAUACAGAGCUCUACAUCUACUACCACCCAAUAACGAACAAACAUCUCGGUAUUGCGAGAAUCGUCUUUGAGAACGUCCGUUCUGCACGUAUUUGUGUAGAGCGAUUGAACGGAACUUCGGUCAUGGGUAAGGUUCUGAACGUUUUCAAGGAUCCCUUUGGAGAAGAGUGUAAACGUCUAAUAGAGGACAAAUCAUCUGAGAAGAAAAAGCCCGCUCCUCCUCCUCCACUUCCACCAGUGCCGGUACACAAGGCAGCCCCUAUGAUACCUGCAAAACCACAUCCGCCUCCGAUGCCGCCAGCUUCAUCAUCUUCAUCCCAUUACGGUGGCCGCAACAGUUCAGGCACGGAAUUGUUGAAUGACGACGACAAUUGGGAUUGCGAUGGUUCUGCAGUAACAGUCGCACCCAAAAAGGCGCCACCAAUUGCACCGCCUAUACCUUCUUCCAAGCCUUCAAAUGCGUUAACAAACGACAGUGAUAUGUGGGAUGUGGAUGAAUAUUCCGGAAGUGCUGGUAACAGUCGGGACUCGUUUUCCUACGGGAAAGACAAAUAUUCCUCGGCGAGUAAAAGUGGAUCUCAAUACGAAAGCACUCGAGAGGAAGACAGUAGAAGUAGAGAUAAAUCCAGAGAUAAGUACUACGAUCGUAAGGAUAGAGAUAAGCCAUACUUUAAGGACGACAGACGAGACCGCGAACGUGAUCGUGAUCGCGAUCGUGAUUAUGAUCGUGGCAGAGAUCGAGAUCGGGAAAGGGAACGAGACAGGGAUCGUGAACGUGAUCGCGAUCGUGACCGGGACCGAGAUCGAGACCGCGAUCGUGAAUGGGAUAGAGACAGAACUCGUGACAGAGAUCGAGAGUGGGACAGCAGAGAACGUGAUCGUUACGGAAGAGAUCGAGACCGCCGAAGAAGCAAAAGUGGAGCCUAUGGCUGGUAUGGUGAAUCAGGAAGCUACUCCAGUGAUAUGAGCUAUGGCAGCAGUCGAUAUUCUCAGUACGACUACAGCUAUGGCUACGGCGCUUCUGAUUACGGAACCUAUGGCUACCCUCCACCACCUUCCGCAAUAGCUGGAGCCAGCAGCUAUGCAGCGUCCUCAAGCUCGUGGGCUCCUCCUCCACCUCCUGAAGAAAAACCAAAGGCUCCACCGCCUCCUCCAACUGCAAAACCUAAUUUUAGUGGAAAAUCCAACCUGGGUGGGCAAUCGGUCUUGGACGAUUCAGAUAUGUGGGACCUUGAAGAAUCAUCGGAGACUGCUCCAAAACCACCUUCGACGCCUCCUGGUCCUCCGGAACCUAAAACUGAACCCGCUGCGGAGGACGACAACAGUGGAUCUGCACUUGAUUUGGACACGAGAAUAGCGUUAAUGUUCAAGGAUAAAACCUUUGGAGGCGCUCCUUUUCUUCAGCUCAGCGACGCCGAAGAGGAAGAGAAGAAGGAAGAAGGCGAAACGGGUGACGAAAGUCAGGACGUUCCAAUUAAACAAGAAGUUAAAGAAGAGGAGCUUCCAUGCCCAGCAACCGAGGAAGUUCAAGUCAAAAAGGAAAUCAAGUUGGAGCCUCCGAAAGAGGAAAUGGCCAGUGAUAUCUCAUCCAGUGAGGACGAUAUUCUUGCAAAGGAAAGUCCACCUCCAGCACCGGCCAAACCGUACAUGGAAGAUAUUAUCAAACGUGAUAACGAUCAAAUGUCGCUGUCCAGUCUGUCAUCCACGGACGGCAAAAACGACGAUUCCAAAGCUCCGCCACUUCCAGCAGAUCCAGUCCCAGAUGCUCCGCCUCCCCCAGAACCCACAGAUUCAUUUGCUUACGUAUAUCCUCCCGGCAUCGGACCUGGAAUGGGAUAUCCUCCCGCUCCACCUGGUACCGAUCCCUCCUACUAUUACUCCCAAACAUACUCUCAAGCUUCCUACCAGCAAUACCAAUCAGGCUACUACCAAAACAGCUACAUGCAUCCUUACAUGGCGGGCUUCACCGGAGCAGCAUAUCCAUACCAAGUACCGUCAACGCAAUCGUAUGGAUUCUCUCCAAACAAGAAAGACACCUAUAAUGACGAUCGCUAUCGCUCAUAUUCCGGUUCGGAACGAGAACGGCAACGGGAGCGUAAGAAACGUGAUCGUUACGAAGAUGCGAUUGCAGCCGUCAUUGAACGUGUCACUGCAGAGCUGAAACAAAUCCUGAAGAAGGAUUUCAACAAGAAGAUGAUUGAGAAUACCGCGUACAAAAAAUAUGAAGCGUGGUGGGAUGAGGAGGAACUCAAAAGCAAAGGCAAAAACAAGGACAUACUGAACGACAUAACGCCGCUAGCCGUGGCCAAGGUUGAUAAAGCGCCGGACAUCAAUCAACUCCUGAAUCAAAACUACGAUAAUCUGGACAGCAAUAGUAGCUACAUCGGAUUAGGUCUGAGAGCCACCAUCCCGAAGAUGCCCAGUUUCAGGAGGAUACGAAAGCAACCUAGUCCAGUUCCCCAGGAUGAAGAUUCACGGCGCAGCGAUCAGGAGGAUAUGGUGCAUGGUUCCGACUCGGAAAAAGAAACAGAUUUCCAACCGAACUCGUCACAAACGAAAGCCAAAACUCCACCUCCUUCGGGAUCUUCUGCAACUGCUGUUCCCGUUUCCAGGACGUCUUCCGCCUCCGCAGUAUCCCGCACGGAGAAACGAAAACCCAGUGUAUCGUCGUUCUUCACAUCAUCCAGCGAAGAAGAAAGCAGUGCUAGUGAAUCCGAGGACAGCAGCGAAUCCGCCUCGCUCACCGAUGUGGAAAUGUCCUACACAAGUCGGAAACAGACACCAACGUCGUUACGUGAUAAACGUGACAAGCGAAUAUACUCCGAUUCCGACACUGACGACGAUCUGGACCACCCGAGUAGUAAAUUCUCGCUUCCAUCCAGCAGUGCCGGAUCACGCAAUAAAGCCAAAAUAUACUCGGAUUCCGAUUCAGACGAACCAAGCAAACCGCCCCGCAAAGAAAUUCUUCCUCCCGUGUCUACCGAAAAGGCCCGAAGUAGAAGUCCAGAAGGAUUCAUUCCUGUUGGGUCGAAAGAUCGUGGAACUACACCUCCUCCUCCUCCUACCACUCAACUGGAACCUGCUGUGUCGAUGCUGCCAUUGGAUCAACUACACGAAGAUCUGUCACCUGACGUAGAUGAAAGUCCUCCUACGCAGCAACCACCGAGAACACCUGGCCGAGAAUCUCCCAAAAAGUCUCUCUACGAACUCGAUCGAAUUUACAGCGAUUCUGAGGAGGAACGUGAGUAUCAGGAGAAACAAAGACGGAAGGCAGAAUAUCUGGAGCAAAUUGAGCGUGAGUUCCAAGAAGAGCAGGCCCGAUUGGCGUUGGAGCAAGAAGAAGCAGCCAAGGCCGCAGCCGAAGCCCCACCUCCUGCUCCAACAACCAAAUCUCCCGCCAAAGGAGCCCGCAACAAUAAGAAAAACGCAUCAGUUACAUUAUUGGACAAGGCUCCAAGUCCUGGUGAUCCCAUUACUCCACUUACUACGCAACCGCCUCCGACGCCUGGUGCCGGAAUACUGGACAUGUGUAAAGACCCGCUUUCAAGUGCUGUUUCUGCACCACCACCAACGGCAACUGGCAAGAAAGCAGCGAAAAAGCCAGCCAAAUCAAAGGCCAAGGGCGGAAAGAAGGCGAAAGAUACCAACGGAGUACCACCACAUGUUGUUCCCGCACCAGAGAUUCCUCCAGCUCCUGUGGAACUGCCUCCAAUUCUGCCGCCUGCUACCGCCCCUACCACCAUGAUUUUGCCACCCCGUGUUACGGCUCUUGGUGGCACAGCUCCCCUCAGUUCAUCGGAGGACUUCUUCUCGGCUGACGAAGACGCUGCACGAAGGGCAGCGAAGGCCUCCCCCGCCUCGUCCGAUGGCGGUUCCAGUCAAGCUAGUCAAGUGGCUCUCGAUCACUGUUAUUCGCUUCCCCCGUCAGCAUCUCCGUCAUCAUCCUCACCUCAUCCACAGUCAGAUUCAUACGCGCCGGUCGCAAAAUCUGCCAACAAAUACGCCCCUUCAUCUGAUGUGCUAGCCCACGAUCAUGGCUAUACCAACAACGACGACAUCAUAGGCAGUGCAAUCCCCGGAACACCUGGUGCAUCCAUUCCGAUGCAAGAGCAAGAUGUGAUUCCGUCCAUCACAAUGACACCCAAUGCUAGUGCAGUGGCUCCCCUUCCUACUCCUUCACCCUCAGCCACAAGACCAGUUGGACGACCCAAGAAAGAUCCCAGCACUCCCAAAUCCAAACACAAGAAGAAGCAGGACAAAGCAGCUGCUGCCCAGUUGGCUACUGCACUUCCCACUGCUGCCACAGCUACGCAAGCAUUAGUACCCUUCGGACAGCAGCAAUCUUUCAUACCGGUUGCCAAGUAUUACCAGCGGGAUAUCCAUUCCGAGAUGGCCAUCCUGUAUGAUUUCCUGACGCGUGGAAUCGACGCUGAGGAUAUUCAGUACAUCAAACAGAGCUACGAGCUGUUACUCAGUGAUGACGCCAACAGUUACCUUCUGAACGCAACACAUUGGGUCGAUCACUGCACUACGGAACGGAGUUUUGUCCCACCGCCAGCCAAAAAGCGGAAAAAGGACAAAGAAUCUGUGUCGGACAUUAAGCAGCACUCGACGGGAUCGGCACGAACAGAAGGCUUCUAUAAGAUCGAUCCUCGUGAAAAGGCGAAAUACAAAUAUCAUCACCUUAAGGGAACGGCUGCUGCUAAUCACCUGAACAACAUUGAAAUCGCUAAAGCUGCCACCAAAAUGCAAGGCCUUUCCCGAGAAGCGCGCUCUAACCAGCGACGCCUUUUGACGGCAUUUGGCGCCAGUACGGAAUCUGAACUGCUCAAGUUCAAUCAGUUGAAGUUCCGAAAGAAACAACUCAAAUUUGCCAAGUCCGCUAUCCACGAUUGGGGCCUGUUUGCCAUGGAACCGAUCGCAGCCGACGAGAUGGUCAUUGAGUACGUGGGACAGAUGGUGCGGCCUUCGGUGGCCGAUCUACGGGAAACCAAGUACGAAGCAAUCGGCAUUGGUAGUUCGUAUUUGUUCCGCAUUGAUAUGGAAACCAUCAUUGAUGCUACCAAGUGCGGUAAUCUGGCGCGGUUUAUCAAUCACAGUUGUAAUCCCAACUGCUACGCCAAGGUGAUAACAAUCGAGUCGGAAAAGAAGAUCGUCAUCUAUUCGAAGCAAGCGAUCGGGAUCAAUGAGGAGAUCACCUACGACUACAAGUUCCCACUGGAAGACGAGAAAAUCCCAUGUCUUUGUGGCGCACAAGGCUGUCGCGGAACUCUCAACUAAAAAAGGAGCCACGCCGCGUUCGUCUGGAUGGUAUGUAUUUUAUUUUCUUCGUGGAACGAGAAUGCUCAUUGAUAGAAAUUUAGUGCUGAACGACAUGGAAGGCGACCACAUUGUAGAAUUGUUAAUUUAAGGACCUGUAAAACAGAAAUUAGGAACAAUUUAUGCUUAGUUAAACGAA